AUGCAUACUUUUCGCAAUCUUCCCAAGGCAUUUGCCCUAUCUGCAUUUGCAUUCUCAACCCUAUCACUAGCGAAUAUAUGUUCCACCCUCCAAAACGAAACAAGCGCCGUCCAACAACCCAAGGCCUCGGCCUACGAGUCAGAGCUCCAGAACUACUGGUCUGCGGCAUGCUCCGGCCUACGACCAGCCUGCAUCGUCUUCCCUACUAGUGCCGAAGAUGUCUCGAAAAUAAUCACCACGUUGCAAGGAACCGAUGACUUGUUUCAGAUCAAGUCCGGUGGGCAUAUGCCUAAUAAUGGAUUUUCGAGCAUACAGGGUGGAGUGUUGAUUGCAACGAAGGAAUUGAAUAAUAAGGUUGUGUAUGAUGCGAAGACACAGACAGCAAAGAUUGGACCCGGAAUGACAUGGGCGGCAGCUGUCAAUGGGCUCAAUGGGACGGGAAGGACCGUUGUUGGAGGCAGAUUGGGGGGUGUUGGCGUUGGAGGAUAUGUCCUUGGCGGCGGCCUGAGUUUCUUGAGUUCUCAAUACGGCUGGGCGGCGAACAAUGUGGUUGACUAUGAGGUUGUUCUGGCCAAUGGAACGAUCACUCAUGCCAACAGUUCAACCAACACAGACCUGUUUGCUGUUCUGAAAGGAGGUGGAAAUAACUUCGGCAUUGUCACCCAAUACACCCUCCAGACACAACCUAUCUCUAAUAAGGUCUGGGGAGGCGUCAUGACAUUCUCACACGACAAAUCCCCUCAAAUUCUUCAAGCCAUCCGCGACUUCACCGAAUACUACCCCGAUGACAAGGCAGCCAUCAUUCCCACAUGCGAGCACACACCUCUUUUCACGGAGUGGUUCGUUUUUAUGUUCUACGAUGGCCCUUCUCCUCCAGAUGGUAUUUUCAAUAAUUUCACGGCUAUUGGAGCAGACCUCAACAUGACGAAGACGUGGAAUUCGUAUUACGAUUUGCUUCAAGACAAUGAUAAGUAUGACUUGAGGGGUCAACGAUACGCCAUCGGCACGGAGACAACGCCUCUCCCCAACGCAACCGUCGGCCUAGAAGUAAUGACAACCCUCUUCAACACCUUCUACAAUACCACAUCCACAGUGGUCGGCGACCUAGGCAUGAUUGGCACAAUCGCAUUCCAACCCAUGCCACGCACCAUCACAAGCAAAGCCAAAGCAAUGGGCGGAGAUCUCCUCUCCUUCCCCGACACACAUGACUAUAUUAUCAUGGAACUUGAUAUCUCGCACUGGUUCGCCAGCGACGACAACGGCACCGAAGCGGCCAUGCAACAGUACUACACCGGACUAGACAACGAUAUCAAGGACUUCAUCGCUAAAGGCGUACUGCCCGAUGUAUAUAGACCAUUGUUCAUGAAUGAUGCACACGGAACGCAGGAUUAUUGGGGUCGAAUCAGCACUGCAGAUAUGGCCAGAUCUGUGAGGGAGAAGUAUGACCCAGAGUUGUUUUGGCAGAAGAGGACUAGCGGUGGGUUUAGGCUUGGGUAG